UUCAAAAGGACAAAGAAAUGGAUUAUUUGCAUUUGGUUCCUUUUCUGUGUGGACACCAGAGUGUUUUCUGCAGAUGAUGCAGAGGCAUCAGAACUCACCCAGUCUAGAACUGAAACCUCAACCCACAGAACAAAGAUGUCACACAAGCUGAAUGUCACACUGGGGCACGUCACUGAAACACCAACGUACUGAAAGGCCAAUCAGACGACUCUGGUUUGUUUCCUCCCAUAUGAUCAAGUUUUCAAGAAUCAUUUUGAAUCACUGAUGUCUGUUUAUCACCAAUCUCGAGUGGAAUAACCAGAAAAUGCUGAUCAUAUUGUGUCUGGUGCUGAUGCUCACAGUCGGCCGAUGCACAGACAAUCGGAAAUCUGCAACAAGAACAGUUCAUGUUGGAGGUCAUGUGAACAUGACGUGCGAUCGCAGGACCAGUGGAACUAUUUUCUGGAUCAGGCUUAUUUCUGGAAACUUUCCUGAAGUUGUAGGAAAAACAUUCAGUUUUAACACUGAUCCUCGCAUUACAGCCAAGGAAGAAAAUGAAUUAUUUGUUCUGCGUAUUAAAACUGCACAGCUAAGUGAUAGUGCAGUUUACUAUUGCGUGAAACUUAAUCAACGAGCACUGGAAUUUCUAGAAACAAUAGUCCUCACAGUUAAAGGACCGAAUCCUGAUACAACAGCAGCUCCUGCAAACGAUCCGGUCCCUCCAAAAGACUCUGUGUCUCCCCAUUGUUCAGUCCUCUAUCACAAUAAGAACAGGAUCUGUCCAGAGGAAAAGUGUGUGUGCUGUUUGAGAGUUGGACCACAUCAAUCUCCUCUGUGUUUUAAUUACACUCAUGGAUGCAGCGUUUAUGAAGAGGACCAGAAUCCCGACAAGAAACUGUCCACAGAGAAAUGUCUCUGCAGCCUCUGGAGGAACUUGAGCUCCUCUGAUGCUUGGACGUAUCACUGUGCUGAUGACACGCGUGGAGAGGUACUUCCUGGAAACACAUCAAAAAUCAACAAUGAAGGAAGCUGUUUGCUGAAGAACAACACAGUAAUCGCUCUGUUAUGUGCUGCUCUGGCUGUAAGUCUGGUUCUUAUAGUCUGUCUCGUCGUGUCAAUCAAGAAUCUGAAGAAAAAGACUCACGCUGCUGUUCUUUUGCAACCAAAUGCAGCGGCCAGUGGUUUUCAGCAGACAGAUGAGGAUUCGUUGAUUUAUUCUGCACCUGCCUUCACAAGGAACGCCACCAAAGCAGAGAUGAGAGACGCGAAAUCAGCAGAAAACGAAAGUAUCUACUCCACAAUAAUCUACAAUCAUCAAAACACAGCUGGUUCAAGCUAAUUGAUGUAAAUGUAAUAUUGUGUGCGCAAUGUGAGGUAAAUACAUAUAUAUAAUGUAUGGAAAGGAAUACGUUAGAUAACUUUUACCUACUGGGAUCAUAUACUGUAAGUUUAGUUUUAAUCUAAGUGUGUCUGUGUGUGUGUGUGUGUGUAUGUGUACUACAGUGUCUUGUACAGUGUCUAUGCCAAAAACCAUGACAAUGUCAUGUGUUAAAAGGAAACGUGUGUGUGGGGAGUUAUGUUAACAAUCAAAGCAACAACUUGUGAGGUAAUCAUUCAUGAAUCAUGUACCACUAAAUACUUCAAGGUAUUAAGAUUAAAGCAGAUUAAAGGUUCGUAAACUCAGAACUGAUCCAUAAAACAAUCAAUUAAACCUGCUUUUAAUUUAAAAUUGAACAGAGAUUCUAAAAUAAUUUCAUGUAUAUAUAUAUUUUUACAUCGUAUUGAGUAUGUUGUAUGCUUGGAGAGGUUGUAUCUGUGUGGUAACCUAUAUAUGUACUGCUGCCUGUCUUGUCAUAUCAGUGAGUUUUAUUCCCAGUUGAAUAAAGGUUAAGUUGAGUUCA